GGUAUUCAGGCAGAUGAUCUCUGUGGCUCUGCUUUUGUGAGCGCUAGGCUAGCUUGUAAACAAGAGCAAAAACCCCCGGCCGAGUCUCGGAGAAAUUUCAUGACUGAACACGCGGGUGUUUUUUUGGUUACUCACAGCUGCCGUGUACGCCGGUAUUCUUUUCUUUCCGUUUCUCCUACAUGUCUUUGCUUUCGACUCUGCAACAUACUGAGACGCUGAUGCUGCCCAAAUGAGCUAACCUCUCAACUGUCUUCAAAGACAAAAGCAACAUUUUCACUUAGACCUAAGUCUGCUCCUGGCAGCGGAUGUCUCGUCGCCUCAGUCUGAGGUUGGAGGCCAGUUGGAGUCAGGAGGUGGGUCCUAAGCAGCAGCAGUGAUGCGGGCUUCAGUGGCAGGUUGCAGGAUGAGUGUGGGUGCACUUGUUAAUGGUCUGCUGGUCUCUGUGGUCGCAGCUCUGCUUUGGAAAUAUUCCAAGCUGAGUGAGCAUGCUGCUCUGUUGGAGGAAGAGCUGCAUAUGACACAGCAGUCCCAGGAGGUCUCACAGGCCCGUAUCGACUACCAUGUUGCUCUGCAGGCACUUCAGGAACACGGCACCCGCAUGGUCUGCACUGGGAAGAUGCACACUGACCGCAUCUGCCGCUUUGACUACCUCUGUUACUGCUCUGAGGCAGAGGAGUUUGUGUUCUUCCACUCCAAUUCCUCUGUCAUGCUGCCUAACCUGGGGUCCAGACGUUUCCAACCUGCCCUGCUGGACUUGUCUUCAGUAGAAGAUCACAAUACCCAAUAUUUCAACUUUCUAGAGCUCCCAGCUGCUGCUUUAAAGUUUAUGCCCAAGCCUGUGUUUGUACCAGAUAUAACACUGAUCCUGAAUCGGUUUAAUCCUGAUAACCUCAUGCAUGUAUUCCACGACGACCUCCUCCCAGCCUACUAUACCAUGAAGCAGUAUUCAGAUUUGGAUGACGAGGCUCGUCUUGUGUUCAUGGAGGGCUGGAGUGAAGGCCCACAUUUUGACCUUUACCGUCUUCUCAGUAGUAAGCAACCGCUUCUCAAAGAACAGCUUAAAAACUUUGGAAAGCUCAUGUGCUUUACUAAAUCUUAUGUUGGCUUGUCCAAAAUGACUACCUGGUACCAAUAUGGCUUUGUCCAGCCACAGGGGCCCAAAGCUAACAUCUUGGUCUCAGGCAAUGAGAUCAGGCAGUUUGCCAGAGCUCUGAUGGACAAAAUGAGCAUUACAAGGGUAGAGGAGAUGGAGAAGGAGGGAGGAAGCGCUGAGGAUGAGAAGGAGAAAGAGAAGAAGGAUGACUACAUUGUCGUUUUCAGUCGGUCAACAACAAGACUUAUACUGAAUGAAGCAGAGGUAAUCAUGGCGCUGGCCCAAGAGUUUCAGAUGAGAGUGGUCACAGUGUCCUUGGAAGAGCAGUCUUUUCCCAGUAUUGUACAGGUCAUCAGUGGCGCUUCCAUGUUGGUCAGCAUGCAUGGAGCUCAGCUUAUCACCUCACUCUUCCUCCCUAGAGGUGCUGCUGUGGUGGAGCUGUUCCCUUUUGCUGUGAACCCUGAGCAGUAUACACCAUAUAAAACUCUUGCCUCCCUUCCAGGCAUGGACAUUCACUACAUCUCCUGGAGGAACACUAAGGAGGAGAAUACUGUCACCCACCCAGACAGACCCUGGGAACAAGGAGGCAUUGCUCACUUGGACAAAGAGGAGCAGGAUCGGAUCCAGGCAAGCAAGGAAGUCCCCAGGCACCUUUGCUGCCGCAACCCAGAGUGGCUCUUCCGGAUCUAUCAGGACACUUUAGUGGACAUCCCGUCCUUUCUGGAAGUCCUCAAAGAAGGCAUGAAGACCAAGCCCAGCUUAAAAAAGGCCAAGGUGGCCAGCACGGUCCAUCCGGGCCGGGUCAGAGAACCUAAAUGUCAAACUUCAGUACAAACCACUAAUGAGGCUAAACUCACAGUCUCUUGGCAGAUCCCAUGGAAUUUGAAAUUCCUAAAAGUGAGAGAGGUGAAGUACGAGGUGUGGAUCCAGGAGCAGGGAGAGAACACCUACAUGCCUUAUAUCCUUCCCCAGCAGAACUACACGUUUUCAGAAAACAUUAAGCCCUUCACCACUUACCUGGUGUGGGUUAGGUGCAUCUUCAACAAGAAUCUAUUAGGCCCCUUUGCCGAUGUUCUUACAUGCAGGACCUAGUGUGAGCACAAGGCCUCCUUGUUUGUUUGUGCAGUUUCAUAUAAUGGUGAAGUCACUGUUUCAGUCAAUCACUUUGGAAAAGGGGGACUCUGUUGGAUUAUGGUCUGUAAAAUGGCUGUUGCAUGGUGCUGUUUCCAUGCUCAGCCCGGGAUGAACUGCAGAAGACUUGAACCAUGGUCAGAAACGGCCAAUAACGAAUGAAAAGUUCAUCGCUUUUAUUUAGAAAGAAAGUGCAAAACUUUGUCUCUUCUAAUAAAACUAGAAUUCAGAUCAGCAGAUUUAUUUGUGAAAAAUAAUAUAUAAAAUGUUUUAUGUGUUAGUCAAAACACUGGUUCUUUACCUUUUACAGUAUGCAAUGUAGUUUCUCUGUAAGGAACAAAAGACAUUUUAGAAUACGAUUUUUAAAAAAAUGGUUUUUGACUUGUCUAUUGGUGUGUGUGUGCGUGCGUGCGUGUGUGUGUUUUCAUGGUGUCCGUUUGGGGAAAAAAAAUAUUCAGGCCUGAUAUUUAAGAUUAUAUAAUUUAAUUGCACAAAAAUUUUGAUUCUACUCGUUUUUUACGUAGUUUAAAUGUAAAGUAAUAAAAAUAAUGUAAUGCAUAUUUGUCAGUAAGAUGUAGUCUUACUGACAAAUAAAUCAAUUGUUUGACACAUUUUUUUACAAUUACAUUUAUUGCUUUAUGUUAAGACUAUGCAAUCUAAAUGGAAUUAAAAUUGAUAUGCAAUUAAAAUACAUAUUACUUCUAGUACCAGGCCUAACUUUUUGUGUGGCGUCUUUUGCCUCACAAUUGUUAAAUUCCAUACAUAGUCAUUUACAGGAUCUAGUCAAAACCAAAGCAACCUUUUUCACAUGGUUUCAGCUACUCAUCAUUCAUGUCAGUCACCUCAGAUCAUAGAGCUCUUUUCUAAUAUUUGCUAAGUUUAACACUGCUUCCAAAAAUGUCAUGAAGGACUUACAGAUAAUGCAACAGUUUCAUAAUACAGCAGUAAUCAGUGUCUUGGAUAUUCACAGUUAAGUCAUUUCAGAAAUGGUAAAUGGACUGAUUCUUAUAUAGCGCUUUUCUACUCUCCCGGAGUACUCAAAGCGCUCUAUACAACAUGCCUCAUUCACCCACUCAUACAAGCACUUCUAAACUCAAGUGCAAAGUAAACUACAUUCACACACAUUUAUACUCCGAUGAACGCAUCGGAGGGCAACUUGGGGUUAGUAUCUUGCCCAAGGAUAUUUGGCAUGCAGACUGGGGAAGCCAAGGAUCGAACCACCAACCUUCCGAUCAGUAGCUGAUCUGCUCUACCACCUGAGCCACAGCCAGAACGUAUCGUAGAGUUUAAUAUCUUUAGAUUAGUUCCUCUUAUGUAAUAUUUAUAGCUCCACGCUGCCCAGUAACAAAUCACUUCUCUCUGUUUUCCUGCUUAAAUAAAUUCCUUCAUAAAUAAUAAAUUUUUCUCUAAUUGGCAGUAAUUACAACUGUAAUAUUAUCAUUUUCUCGAGUGUAUAUCUGUUACGCCAGGCUGUAAUUAGCGUUAAACAUUUUCCCUGCUGUAUCCAGCAGUUUGCUGCUGGACAGUUGGAUUUCACUGCCUUGUGUAAAAAGCAUUUUCCUUGAGCUAACAAGGUAUUUUUGCAGCUUAGUGUUUCACAGCCUUGUGUGAACCUCUGUUAAUUAGGAUAAAAUUCCCAGUUAUGUGUCUUUUAACUUAGAUUCCUCUAAGGUUUUCUGGCUGGUAUAAGGAAGUCUAAUAUUGAAUUUUAGCUGGAAACAGCUGCCUGUUAAACAUGUUUUAGUGUAGUCUGCAAAUGAAAUACUGCAUGUGGGUAGCUCCAGUGCACAAAUGUACUGAUAAAUCUUUAAAUGGAGGUGAAACUAUGUCAUAGUAGGAAUGUAGCAAGAGAUGUUUUAUGGAAUGGCAAAACACUGCCAUCAGAAUAAUGACUUAUAUUGUUGAGACUGCGCCAUUUUCCUUACUGUACACUUUAUGAUGUCCCCCCUGCAAUGUUGUGGCUGCUGCUCCUUUUUGCUUUUAUUUUCAUGCCUUUUCUGUUUUCCAACACUUUUCAUAUGCAGUUAUUUAUCACUGCAUGUUCAAGAGAUUAUUUUAAGCAACUGCUGUGUGUCCAGGAUGUGAUUGAUUAGAUAUGUAUGUGUUAGUGUUGUUGAUUAGAUUUCUGUGUAUCUCUCUGUAUGUGCCGAGUAAAACACGAGUCUCUGUUUUCUAUUAGCAAAUAGUUGUUUUUUUUUUCAGUGAGUGUGAUUGAAUAAAGAAGCUUAUUUCUUA